GAACUAUCCAUAUCGCAGUAUAAAAGCAGAGCAUUUUACAGGGUAUUGAGCUAGGUUCAAACAAAGCCUACUGAUUCUUCCUUUCAUGCAUUCUCAACCCAGCUGGUGUACUUAACACUUAGCACUUAGGAGCACAAAGUUUCAGUCCCUCUCCAUCUCACACCUCAACAAAGCUUUCACAGGAAAAGAGAAGCUAGUGAAGAAAGUAGAGUGGUGGGAUUGGAGCAUUGCAGUUACCGCAGUUGGAGUUGGAGCUCUCACUGCAAAAGCUGUUUACAGGCAGAGUGUAAUUGCCAACCAAAUGGAAAACGGAGAUAUCAUCCAGUCUCCAAGCCCGCUUAGGAAGAUCGUCACCAUUGCAGCCAUCGCCGCCGGCAUCCAGUUCGGAUGGGCGCUCCAGCUCUCCCUUCUAACCCCAUACGUCCAAACCCUCGGUGUCCCCCACACCUGGGCUGCUUUCAUUUGGCUUUGUGGCCCUAUUUCUGGCCUCCUCGUUCAACCCAUUGUAGGCUACAACAGUGACCGUUGCACCUCUCGCUUUGGUCGCCGCCGACCCUUUAUUGCCGCCGGAGCUACCUUCGUCUCUAUUGCUGUAUUCCUCAUCGGUUUCGCCAAAGAUAUGGGGCACCAUGCUGGUGAUUCCUUGGAGAGUCCCACGAAACCAAGAGCGGUUGCUAUCUUUGUUGUAGGAUUUUGGAUUCUUGAUGUGGCUAACAACAUGUUACAAGGUCCAUGUCGUGCUCUUCUUGCAGACCUCUCAGCCAAUGACCAUAAAAAAAUGAGAACCGCAAAUGGGUGGUUCUCGUUUUUCAUGGCUGUUGGAAACGUCUUGGGUUAUGCUGCUGGUUCCUACUCACACCUUUACAGGAUCUUCCCCUUCACAAGAACCAAAGCCUGUGAUGUUUACUGUGCAAACCUCAAGUCGUGCUUCACUAUCGACAUUAUGAUCCUCCUGUUAGUGACUGUGACCGCGGUUACAACGGUGAAGGAGGAUCCCUUAACCAAGCAAGUCCAAGAGGAAGAAACCAAAACACAGGCUGCUUUCGUUGGAGAGAUUGUGACAGCUUUCAAGACUUUGAAGAAGCCAAUGUGGAUCUUGCUCCUUGUUACUUGCCUGAAUUGGAUAGCCUGGUUUCCGUUCUUGUUGUUUGACACUGAUUGGAUGGGGACAGAGGUUUAUGGAGGCAAGGUCAAGGGAAAUGCAAAUCAAGUUAAGAUGUACAGUGAUGGAGUGCGAGCAGGUGCAUUGGGGUUGAUGAUCAACUCGAUCGUCUUGGGUCUAACUUCACUUGCGCUGGAACCUGUGGGCCGCUUGAUUGGUGGUGUUAAAAACUUGUGGGCCAUAGUGAACUUUAUUUUGUGCGCUUGCUUGGCGUCGACGGUGUUGAUUACCAAGAUAGCUGAGGCUUGGAGGAAACACAAUGGGGCCGAUCUCGUGCAUCCUCCUCUCAAUAUCAAAGGCUCGGCCUUGGCUGUGUUUGGACUUUUGGGUAUUCCACUUGCGGUAACAUUCAGCAUUCCAUUCGCUUUGGCGUCCAUUUAUUGUUCUAACGCUGGCGGUGGUCAAGGUCUCUCCCUAGGAGUGCUAAACAUGUCAAUAGUUAUCCCACAGAUGUUUGUAUCGGUAGUUAGCGGACCACUGGACGCAGCGUUUGGGGGCGGCAACUUGCCAGCCUUUGUAUUGGGCUCCAUGGCGGCUGCGGUUAGCGCGUUGCUGGCAAUCUUGGCGCUGCCGAAACCACCCAAGCAAAUAUGUCUUUCCCCAGGAAUGGGUGGUGGCCACUAAUUAAUCAUAAAGCAGCUCUAUUUGUUGUAGCCUGCCUCUGCCAUGGUCGUCUUUUGUUUAGUUUGCAGUUUGUUUAGUUUGUGUUGAUCAGCAUCAUGAUCAACGUAGUUUGAUGCAGUAAUGUACGCUUGGAUGCAAUGCAGUCAUGGCCCAGUCCCCAUGCUUAUGUAGUAGUAGCUGCUUACGUACAUGGAAAUUUCUACGAUAUUUUGAAUGGUUGAAACUUAGAAGAUUAAACACAUAUACAAAUUCAACUGUCCUACAUAUAUAAAAUCAUAGUAAAUAUCUGCUGCAUAUAAAUAAAGAACAAUAUUCUUUUUU